AUGGAUCCUUCCUUCCUGGAACCCUAUCGCUCCAAGCGUCUCCUCUACCGAGCACCAGAGGAUAACGAAAAAGACAAUGCAUUUUAUCAAGCCCUCCGCGCUGACCCUGACGUCUUAUCUAUGGCUUCCAACGGUCUACAGCGACCACUAAGCACCAAGGAGCAGAGACAGCUAAGGGUAAAAAUGGACAAAAUGAUGAUGACAGUCAUGAUUUGCAUCAUCCCAGACGAUGAAAACUCCGAUAAGGAACCUGAGACAAUUGGCAUCAUGUCGCUCAAAUAUGAGGAUCCCAUAUUGGUGCAUAAUCGUUCACGUCAAUUUGGCAUUACUAUUGCGCGCAGGUACCAGGGCAACGGGUAUGGUCCUGAGGCUAUCGCCUGGCUGCUCGAUUGGUGUUUUAUGACCGCAGGAUUACAUCGGGUUGAGCUUACGGUUUACGAAUGGAAUGAGAGGGCGCAAAAUGCAUAUAAAAAGCUCGGUUUUGUGACUGAGGGGAGAAAGAGAGAAUCUCUAUGGAAGGCCGGUCGGUGGCGGGAUACAAUCUCCAUGGGGAUUUUGUCGCAUGAGUGGGAAGCAAAAAAGAUGUCCACAGUUAGUGUUCCAGUUUGCUAA